AUGGAGAUCCAGAGAAAUUUCUCAGAAUUUAUUCUUUUGGGACUUUCUCAUGACCAGAAUACAGAAAUAUUUUGUUUUGUGUUUUUCUUAGUCUGUUACGCUGUACUCUUAGUCGGAAACCUUCUGAUCUUCACCUCCAUUCGAUACAGCCCUCUUUUCCACCAACCGAUGUACUAUUUCCUCAUCCACUUAGCAUCUAUGGACAUCUGCUACACCUCCACUGUAACACCUAAAUUAAUUGGUGACCUGUUAGUUUCAAGAAAGACAAUUUCUUACAGUGGCUGUCUGUUACAGGUCUUUUCCAUGCAUUUCUUUGGAAUGAUUGAAGUCCUAAUCCUUACUGUCAUGGCGUAUGAUCGCUACGUUGCCAUCUGCAAACCCCUCCAUUACCUGCUAAUCAUGAGCAGAAUGAGGUGCAACCUCCUAGUUUUAGCUUCCUGGGCUGGUGGAGCUCUUCAUUCCUUUUCUCAAAUUUUGAUUGUAAUUCGAUUGCCUUUCUACGGUCCCAACGAGAUUGAUCACUAUUGCUGUGAUGUUUUUCCUCUGUUAAAAGUUGCCUGCACAGAUACGUACAUGACCGGUGUCCUCUUACUUAGCAAUUCAGGAUUGGCCACUUUAAUAACAUUUAUGGUUUUGUUCUUUUCUUAUGUUGUGAUAUUAUUUACUUUAAGAAAUCAGUCGGCUGAAGGAAGACGCAAAGCCCUUUCUACCUGUGGGUCUCACAUCACUAUGAUUAUUAUAUUCUUCGGUUCUUCCAUCUUUUCUUAUCUCAGGCCUCCAACGACUUUUCCUGAGGAUAAAAUACUUGCGUUAUUUUACACCAUCAUUGCUCCGAUGUUCAAUCCCUUUAUCUAUACACUGAGAAAUUCAGAGAUGAAAAAUGCCAUGAGAAAAGUUUGGUUUCAGAUAUCAUAG